AUGGCGGCAAUCGCCUCGUCCUCUUCCGUGACAAUCGACGAUAUGGACGCAGCCGACCGAGCCUGGGCAAUCCAGGAGAACAGGUUCCGCGCCAGAGCACGACUCCGCCUCCAGGCAAGGGCUCGCAAACCCCGAACGCUUCCGGGCAGCAAACCUGCCUCCACCGCUACGGCAUCGAAUGUACAACAGGCACAACCUUCCGGAUUGAAUGUGCCGUCGAUCGGACCCAACGCCAACCUCCGUUCGGUGCCGGCAACUAGUCGUAACGCGCAGCUUGAUGCUGCUCAGCUCAAAGUGGUCGGAAGCAAGGGCAACGUCGCACGCACACGCAAGACCGACGAUGGAGAGAUUCCCUUGCAGCGGGACAAAGCGCUCGGCGACUACAUCGAGUUCGACCUAUCCAAGCUUCACAACAGCAAAGGAGGUUUCCUGAUCGACGAUGAAGAUCCUACCGGAUCGCGCAAGACCUUGGACGAUCUGCGCAAAGAAAAGGAACGCGAGAAGCAGCGCAUGCGCGACUACGCCGAACCAGGCAUCUCACUCGACCUGCAAUCCAGGCCCACCUGCGAGAGCUGCGGAAGCCCCGAAAUCGUCGACCACCCGUUCAAGCGUGUCUUUGGCAUCUACGUCUGUCACAAGUGCGAACGCGAAAAGCCCGAGGUCUACUCGCUCUUGACCAAGACAGAAGUCAAGGAAGACUACCUCUUGACCGACGCCGAGCUCAAAGACGAAGAGCUGCUGCCGCAUCUUCUCAAGGCCAAUCCUCACAAAGCGACCUACUCCAACAUGAUGCUCUUCUGUCGCAAGCAGGUCGAAGAGUUCGCCUUUGGUCCCGGCAAAUGGGGCUCCGAAGCAGGUCUAGACGAAGAGUUCGAGCGAAGAGAGGAGGAAAAGGCGAAGAAGAGGGGUAAGAAGUUCCAGCAGGGCUUGGCCGAUCUCAGGAAGCGCACGAGGGACAACGUGUGGCAGAGGAGGAAGGAUGACGAACACGUCCACGAGUGGGAGGAAGUUGAUUUGAGGGGGAAGGCAGUUCAGAGGUGUACUCAGUGUGGCUACGCCGUGGAGGUCGAGGUGUUCUAG